AUGGUUCCCAAUGAAAAUUUGCAAUAUGAGGGGAUUGUUCAUUUACUGAAACAUUUUGAAUGGAAUUGGAUUGGCCUCUUAGUCCCAGAGGAUGAGAGUAGGGAAGCUUUUAUUCAAAAUCUCCAGCCAAAGCUCUUCCAGAAUGAUAUUUGCAUUGCUUGGAUGGAGCUGAUCCCAAUUUUAAAGGAUGCAAUCUUAAAUAAAGAGGCUAUUUUUGAACGUAUAGGCAAAAUAAUAGACACUAUUUCAGUGAAGAAUGUCAGUGUAUUCCUUGCCUAUGGAACUAUCCAAUCUAUGCAGAUUUUACAAUGGGGGCUACAUUCCAAAGAAGUUUAUCAAAAGGACCCAAUAGAUCACAGAGUGUGGAUUGUGACCUAUCAGUGGGAUUUCACUGUUACUUUAUCAUCACUAGGAAAAGUCCUAGUCCAGACUUUCAAUGGUUCCCUAUACUUCUCACUCCACACAAGGAUUGUGCCAGAAUUUCAGGAAUUUCUUGAGAGCAUAAAACCUUCUUUAAGUCUUUUUCCUUAUGUUAAUUGGUUCUGGGAGUCUGUAUUUCAUUGUUCAUUGCCUCCAUAUCAGAAAGGAGUUAAAUGCUGCACUGGGAAGGAAAAACUCAGGAAAGUCCCUGACUCUGUGUUUGAAAUGAACAUGUCUGGAGAGAGCUACAAUAUCUACAAUGAGGUUUAUCUUGCAGCUCAUGCUGUGCAGGCAAUGCACUCAAGAAGAGCAAAGCCAGCUCAUCUGAGAAAUCAGGAUAUAUCAAUUCUUCAGCAUUUUCAGCCAUGGGAGUUUCACUACUUUCUGAGAAAUACCCGGUUUAAUAACAGCGUGGGAGAAGAAAUAUUUUUUGAUGAGAAGGGGGAGUUUGACCCAGGAUAUGACAUCUUCAACUUUAUCACUUUCCACAAUCAAUCCUUCAAGAGAGUCCGGAUUGGAAAGAUAGACUCCAAAGCUCUUGAUGGAAAAAAGUUCACCAUUGACAAAAAUGCCAUUGUAUGGAAUCACAAGUAUCAGCAGGUACCUCCCCGUGCCAGAUGUGUGGAAACCUGCCAUCAGGGGUAUAACAGGGUUGUUCAGGAGGGGAAACAUACUUGUUGCUACCAUUGUACACAAUGUCCCGAAGGAAGAAUUUCAGUCGAAAUAGUCCUCAUUUUGGUGGCAGUGACCUUCAUUCUGCACUGGGAUACACCCAUUGUCAAAGCCAACAACAGGAACAUCACAUGCCUCCUCCUUUCCUCUCUCCUGCUGUGUUUUCUCUGCUCUCUGCUGUUCAUAGGUCGACCUGGGGAGGCGACUUGCUUUCUCAGGCAAACUAUGUUUGGCACCAUUUUCUCUCUCUCAGUGUCUUGUAUCUUGGCCAAGACCAUCACGGUUGUUGUGGCUUUCCUGGCCACGAAGCCAGGAAACCAGAUGAGGAAAUGGCUAGGAAAAAGACUGGCAGGAUCCAUCAUUGUCUUCUGCUCUUGUAUUCAAGCUUUUAUCUGUAUGAUAUGGUUGAUCAUGUGUCCUCCCUUCCCAGAAUGGGAUGUGCAUUCAGAGAUUCAAGAGAUCAUUGUUCAAUGUAAUGAAGGCUCAGAUUCCAUGUUUUACAUUGUCCUGGGCUACUUGGGGCUCCUAGCCACCAUCAGUUUCACUGUGGCUUUCUUUGCCAGAAAAUUACCUGAUACUUUUAAUGAAGCCAAGCUGAUCACCUUCAGCAUGCUUGUUUUUUGUAGCAUCUGGGUGUCCUUCAUUCCAGCCUAUCUGAGCACCAAAGGGAAAUACAUGGUGGCUGUGGAAGUUUUCUCCAUCUUGGGCUCUACUGCAGGUCUCCUUGGCUGCAUCUUUCUCCCCAAGUGCUACAUCAUUCUAUUGAACCCACAUCUGAACACAAAACAACAUCUGACUAGGAGGACAGAUUAA